CCUUCAUUUAAAAACACGUCGGCAAAGAGUUGUAGGUUGUAAUGCCCGCCUAGCCGAGGAGUGCAGCGAAGUCUCCCUUUUGUAAACUAGUUUAGAUAGCAUGCUCUUGUAGUGGGCGCUCCGCAAGUUUCUUUAGUGAAGACGCAUCCACAAACGAGAGACAUGUUGUUUCGAAGUAGUAGUGCAUUGUUAGUAACGCUUGUCGCGCUAGUCAGUGCCGAACUUCGGCUAGCAGGGGCCCACUACCACAGUGACCACGAUCAUGACCACGACCAUGAUCACGACCAUGACCACGAACACGGCCACGAACCUGCAGCGUUCAAGUACUCACGCGUAGCCAACGACCCGCACGUCGCAGCUGCUGCAGCUGGCAGUGAGGCACACCAUCAUUCCCAUGGACACGUAGCAUCGUCUCCUCAUUCCCAUGCAUCGGCCGCUCCCAAGAAGAAACCGAUCCGAUCAUUCGAAGAGACUGCUUUUAUUUGGGGCCGCGCUCUCGGUUCCACACUGCUGAUUAGUGUCGCACCGUUUCUGAUCUUAUUUUUCAUUCCUAUCGACUCGCGCUCUGGCCAUGAGUCGCUGCUCAAGGUUCUCCUCAGCUUCGCCUCGGGGGGCUUGCUUGGCGAUGCGUUCCUCCACCUCAUUCCACACGCGCUGAUGCCGCACAGCAGUGAAGAGGUCUCCGGUACUGCACACACAGGUCACGGCCAUAGCCAUGGCAGUCAUGCCCACAGCCAUUCCCACAGUCACGACCAUGCUCACGGGCCUCAUGACAUGAGCGUCGGCCUGUGGGUGCUUGCCGGUAUUCUCGCUUUCCUCAUGGUUGAAAAAUUUGUGCGCAUGAUUAAGGGUGGCCACAGUCAUAGCCAUGAACACGCUCACGAGCAUGUUCACGAGGAGCAUCGUGCCGACGACCGGGUUCCGUCGGGAACAGGCGAAGCUGACACAAGGCCCACUGGAAAGUGUGACGGAGAGUCCAGUGGCGCGGAGGAUGCCAAGAACGAGGUUUCCGCCGCUCUGGUGCACAGAAAGAAAGCCAAACUAGAGAGCACAGCGAUGGACAAAAAGAGUACUGCUGAUGGGGAGAAACGGCCAUCAGACAUCAAAGUAGCUGCCUACCUGAACUUGGCUGCUGAUUUUACUCACAAUUUCACGGAUGGCCUGGCCAUAGGUGCAUCGUACAUUGCUGGCAACACAGCAGGCUUUAUAUCUACAGUGACAAUCCUCCUGCACGAGGUCCCACAUGAAAUUGGAGAUUUUGCAAUCCUGGUGCAGUCAGGCUACAGCAAACGCAAAGCUAUGUGCAUGCAGCUGGUGACAGCAGUGGGCUGCCUUAGUGGCACACUGUGCAGCCUCAUUGCUGAUGGGGUUAGCAGCAGCGCCAAUCUAUGGGUGCUGCCCUUCACUGCUGGUGGGUUUAUCUACAUUGCCACCGUCUCAGUCAUUCCUGAGCUGCUGGAGAACACACGGCUGUGGCAGUCAGUCAAAGAGAUAUUUGCACUGCUGCUUGGUGUGUCCAUGAUGGCGCUACUCACCCAGUUUGAGUAAAGCAUAGCUGGAGGGAAAAACCAAAGUGCACAAAAUAAUUUUGUCACACGGCUGGAUGUUGCAUUUUGCUUGGAUAGGUGUUGGGAUGGGAGGGAGCCAUUGUUGCGUGUGAACUGUGUUAUGUUUCCUAAUGUUACAGUUAGAAUCGCUUCUGUUGCACAAGUGUAAAGCAUUGGUCUGAAACUUGCCUUAUUUACAGUAAUCACACAUUAUUUAUUGAAUGGCAUUGUAUAAGAAUUCUAAGCAUUUCAAUGGAUGCAGGCGGGCUGGGACAGUUGGUCAUGGUGAGCUGAUGACAAGUUCAUUUGAACAUGGCACAAUGUCAUAUAGUUUAUCAAAUGAAUGGUGCAACUGAUGUACACACACACACACACACACAAAAAGAGGAAGAAUGACACCUUAUUGACAGUAAGGUUUAUUAAAAUAACUAGUUAUUUACGCUGGUACAGUAGGUACAGAUAGCUGUACAGGACAUUUUCUUCUAUAUUGUUUUGUGAUUUUUAUUCAUACAAAGAUAUCAUUGCAAAUAAUGAAAACUCGGGUAGCAUUUACUUCUGUGAAGCAGGAUUAAAGUGUUAACGAUGUGUACUGUUAUUAUUUAUGAUGUAGGGAAUUUGCGUGCCAUAAGGCCCGGAAUAUCUUUUACGUAGCAUUCUGUGUUGAGUGUAAACAUCCACAGUCAUUUUAAUCAACUUUUUUGGGGGGGAGUGCCUGCCUUGUGUUGCGUGUUGUGCCUUUAUAUAUUGAUAGCUUUGAGCCAACUAGCCCAGUUGUGUGUUAUACCAUCCCUUUUUUUUUUCUUUUUUUUUUACUGAUACUAGCAAAAAUGUGAUAAUAUAUAGUAAAUUUAACUUAGGGGUGCUGAAGUUUAGCUAUUCUAAACUUUUCAGCACUUGCACAGAGAAUUGUUUUGUGUGAUAGCUGGCUGGGUGUAGUCUAUUCUGAACUGCAGCAUGAUUGAAUGUAACAUGGUGUAAUGUACUGCAACUCUUAUCCCUCCUAUCGUUUCCUAAAAUGUAUCUGCGGUUCCUAUGUGCAUCUACAUGAACAUUGUACAUUGUUGUUGAUAUCGGCAGCUUUUCGUAUGUUGACAUGUGUUGCUCGCUCAUUCCGGUGUAAUAAUUGGACUUAACUGUACUUGUCAGGACCAAUGUCCAAGCUCUUUUUUGUUUGCUUUUUUGCAUAAACCGAUAUCACUAUACUCGAGGCAUUGGUGAUGUUAACUGCCAGGGAGUUGCAUUUACCAGACACUCAAGAUCAUAAAAAGAGACCAAAAUGAGAGAAGAAAAAAACUGCAGCAUUGGUAAAUUUGUGCAAUUUAUGCCACUUACCAGUGCCAAUACCAAAUAUAAGAUACUUUAUGAUUUGUGCUGAAAUCUUUCAGAGUUGGUAAUGCUGGCAUGUUUUUGCAACACUUAUUUGCAUUCUGGCAAUAAAAGGCCUUGCAUGAUAAUUAGAGCAGAAACUAGAUUUGCUAGCAACUUAUGUGCCUCUGCCUGAAAAGUUGUUCUGAAUACAGGGCAAAGCAUUUAAUGUUAGCCCAUGAUGUCUGCACAUUGCCUUGCUGCUAGAAUUGUGUGGUUGAGAAAGUGCUGAAAUGUACACAGGGAUCCAUUUUCGUAGGGAACAUGAAAGCAUAUGGUCUUUGCUCUGUGGCGAUGGCAUUCAGCAGGAGUAUUCAGCUCAUGCCAUGCUCUCAUGUUUCCUCUAACAGUGGAUCUCUGUGUCCAAGGCUAGCUAUGAUAUGGUGAUUUCCUGUAUUUUUUGUUAUGGCCUUGUAAUAUGUCAGUGGAGAAGGUGCUGAUGUGAAUUGGAAGUGAAUAAAGUACAGUUUCAAGGUA